AUUUUUGUAUAAAAUGAACUUUGAAAGUGAAGUACCGGAUGAUACCAGUCAAAAUUUGGUCGAUUUAGCACAAGCUACUACCUCACAAGAUAAUAGUUCAUAUCUUUCUUAUACUGACGAUGCAAGCAGAUUGCACACAGAAAAGAAUAAAAACAAAAGAAGUAUCUCGAAAUGUCAAGUACAAACCGGUAGCGAUACAUCAAUAGAAAAGUCGGACGAAAGUUUGAAUAAGCGACAAAAAUUAAAUGAAAGUGUGUGCAAUAUCAGUGAGAAACAACAAGAAGAUAAAGAUGAAGAUGAGACUAAUAAAAAAGUAGCCGGUUAUUUAAAAUUAAAGAAAAAAUCUCCUAAUUGGCAUAUUGUACCGGAAAUGAUAAAUCGUCAAAUAGUUUUCUAUUUGGGAUUGGGCUAUAGGGAAAGAAAGCUUUAUUUUUCCAAUUGA